UCGCCUAAUGAAAUACACACAACCAGACUACCCAAUACCCACUGUCAAAUAAACACUCAUCUUUAUAUUUCAUCAUCUCCGCUCUUCAUUUUUUGCCUCAAUCUAUACAUACACACAUAUAUAUAUAUACAAUGAUACAGUGUAGUAAUCUUCACUGUGCUGCGACGUCUUUGCAUCAAUCUUUUUUCCCUCUUUUUAGUUUACCCUCAUCAUCCUUUCUCCCAAGAUUAAAUUUUGACCCCAAAAGCUCCAUUAAAAUGUCUUCAAAUUCAAAACCCAGAACUUAUAAAUUGUUAAAAACACCGAAUUUAUCAUCUUUAUCAUCAUCUAAUACAACCCCAUCGAGGGAUAAAAUCGUAGAUUUUGGUAAGUACAAAGGUAGAUUGUUGGGAAGCUUGCCCUCAACUUACCUUAAAUGGGUGUCCAAGAAUUUGAGAGCUGGUGAUUAUGAGGAAUGGGCUAGGUUUUCUGAUGAGGUUUUGGAAGACCCAGUUUAUAAAGACAGGAUUGAGUGGGAAUUUGCUGAGAAAAUCCUGAACGGUGACGUUUUGAGGUCUAAGUAUGAGGAUGGGAAUACAGUGGAUGAGUUGUUGGAGUUGAGUGAGAGGUUUGGGUGGGAUAAUGAGGAUAAAUUGGGCUGGAGUAAGAUUGAUUUUGGGCUUCUUGGGACUUCUAAGGGUGGGAGGAUACCAAGAUUAGGGGUUGAGUCGAAGGGGCGAAUAAUGGAGAAAUUGGACGGUGGGAACAAGAAUAGUACUAAUGGUAAGAAAAAUUAUGAUGGUGAUGAAGGUGUGGAGAGAAGGAGGGCACGGAGAGAGAGGUUGAAGUCGAGGACAAAUAAAACGGAGAAUGAUGGUAAUGGUGGUGGAACUCUAGGUAUUUCCAAUGAAAAAGUGAUUGAUAGUGCUGAGAAGAUUUCGGCGAUGACUGUGAAUGCUAGCAUUGGUAAUAGUAGCAGCCCGUUUCCUGGGCGCCAGUCGCUUUUGAAGAAGGCGGUUAGCCAUAAGAAGAAGAUUGUAAGAUGAUUAUAUUGUUUUAGUUGUGAUCAGUGUGCAUGUUUCUAUUUUUUUUUUUUUAUUGUAAACUUUAUUUCUAUCAUGAUGUUAUUGAUAUUUCUAAACUUUUUCUAGAGUUAGAAUUAGAGUUGAGUGCUUGGAGUCAACUUAUCUGAUGUAUUUGUGCUUCUAGAGAAAAACAAUUGAUGUAUAUAAUAUGGUAUUCUCUUUGAUGUAUUGGAAUUAAUUAUCUGG